AUGUAUCAUAGAAUAAUGAGAAAGGAAAAGUCAACUGGUGGUGAUGCACCUCGUGUCACCCUCAACCUACCUGGUGCCAUUUCGACCGUUUCAAGGGUAGAAGUGGGGACUGUGAGGAUCGAGGAGGAGGAGAGAAUGGAUCAUAACAAUUUCUGUCUCGUCUGUCAUGACGGAUCAGUGGAUGAGCACUACUUGUAUAUGUGCGACUCCUGUCCACGCACUAUGUGCUCCCACUGCUUGCAGAUCACACCACAUCACCAGGACAUUAUUUCUGAAGUCGGCGUCAAAUUUGUGUGCAUUUCAUGCCAUGUCCUGGUGCAAUAUCAUGGCCGCCGCCACAAGAGUCCUUACUUCGGAUUUUACCGCGAUGGGAAGCCCGUUUUCAACACCUUCCUUCAGAUCCGCGGGGCACUCGAGUUGUCUCACCAAGCACAGGUUUCGGCUGAAACCGUGCUGUUCAUCCAUCUCAACCUCAUCGACAAUGACAUGACAGGCGGCCCUUUCAAACUCACACACGAUUUUCUCAUGCCUUACUUUCCUAACGACGGAAUCGUUUUUUGUGAGGUCACCUUUGACGUUGGCUCUGAUUCGAAGAUCAUCAAGUUUCAUUCUAUGGUUGACAAACUCGUCCUCAAACUCUUGGCUUUCCCUGGCGGUUGGAAACACAUUAUCUUUGGGAUCUCCGACCAUACCGACAAUACCUUCGGCAACCCCUUUGUAGGCUACAAGGGCAAGAAGAAAAUUUAUAUUGCUACUCCAGUCAAUACUUUUCUGGACAUUGUGCUUGGUCCUUUCAAGGAUCUCAUCAACCUUGCUGUUGAAUCAUACCUAUGGCUGUUCUGUUGCGGCACUAUUGUCAACGACUCCGAGAGCUUCGCAAACUUGAAGACCUCAGUACUCAAACAUCAACUUUCAGCUACUGUAGCCUUCAAUGCACCACGCAUUCCCUCUUAUGCUGACUCACUCUCUCAACUUGGGUCGGCACUCCGACAUUCUAUUGUUGGUGAAGAAUUCCGACUCAUUGAACGUCACCAAGUUCGCAUGGACCCAUACUGUGUUUCGCCCUUGGGGGCAGUACCUGCCUGUUCAAUGCCCCAAGUGUGGGUGGGUUGA